AAGUCCCCAACCCAAUUCCUCCAAGCGCCGAGGCUCCCAACCACACACAUAAUAAAUAAUCCGUGCAUAAUGCAGACCAGAGGGCAGUAUCGGCUCAUCCAAAUCCCAAUUUUGUCGUCUUCACAGUUCACAUAGCACCAAUUCACCAGUCACCACACGCUCCCCACCCUUUGCUUCCACCAACGCCAAUAAUAGUAGCACAAGCAACAGCAGCAGCUGUUCCUAAAGACCGAAGGGUCUAAACGACAGAGUUGCAGGAGGACAAGGUCCCCCAUUUUGAAACAUCCUAGUAGUACCAGUACCAGUACAAGUACAAUAUAUAGUACUACUGUACUACUACUCCAUUAUUCUUCUUGGUCCAAUGGCGGUUGUAGUAGCAAAUGGGCGUCCAUUAAUUACGGCUCUCAUCUCUUGCAAUUUGCCACAUAUCAAGUUCUUGCUCGGUGGUGGUGCUCCCACCAGUUGUCGUACACCUUCCUUCUCCUCCUCGCUACCGAACACUACACUCAAAAGUGCAAAUGCACCGCACCAUCUUUGGAAUUUUAAGCCCUCGGCAUCUCGGCUGCUGAAUUGUGAUACAUACUACUGUAGCAUGUCAAAAAGAGGGGAAAAAAAGAAAGAAAUGAAGAAGACGUCUCUAAUGUUCACAUGCUUUCAGCAUCAGGGUCCUGAAAGUGAUGAGUCUUCCACAUCUAAGGACAAACCAGAGGGACAACAUAAGGCUGCUGAUGAUGUAAUGCAAAGUUUGAAAGGCAAAGCAGCUAGUGGAGAAAUCUCAUUUCUGUCAAAACUAGUGGUACUCCUGGCUGUGGCUCUGGCAAUCACAGUGCUAUCCAUUGGCUUUAGACAGCCUAAUCAAAGAUCUCUGCUUGGCAUUCAACAUUUAGUUGAUAGUUCAUCUGCUCCCGCUUUAAGCACACAUGCUGUUGGUUUUUCUUUUAGAGCUUUUGGAUACAGAAUUAUACUUCCAGAAUAUGCUCCAGGGUGGAUCUACUUCUGGCUGCUGAUGGCUGCAGGAUGCGGUCUUUUCAUAAGUGAAGAGGCUUUAAAUAUAUGGGUUGGCAUCACUUUAGCGCGGAUGCUUUCACUGGAUGGCACAUGGCAUUCUUUUCUUGAUUCAUUCUCUAGGAACGCUCACUACAUUGUAUCCACGGUUUUAUGGGUUUACUGGGGAGUUUGCAUUAGUGAUAUGAUACCAUUUUACCUUGGCAAGCUUUUCAGACAAUCUGGGGCAUCCGAUGAUGUUUCUUCAAAGUUAGGAAUUGGCAGAGAGAAAGCAUUGAAAAUCACGCGCGUUGUCCAAAAAUAUGGAAAUCUAGUUGGUGUUGUUGAACGGUUCUCGUUAGGUGUGAGGAAUCCUACAGCAUUUUUAGCAGGUGCAAUGGGUAUAUCACCUGAGUUUUUCUUUGCCGGUGUCUGUUGUGGUGGUCUUAUAACACUUCCACUUCAGUUGGGGAUUGGAUUCUUAUUCAGAGACCGUCCAGUGUUUGCCCUUGCCACUGUUGCAACUGUAGUGGGAAUCUGGACUAUCAUCCCAUAUGCUGCAGCUGCUUUGACAGCAUUGUUCCUUUAUCUGCGACGUAAGAACUUCAGUUAGUUGUGGUUUCUGUUUCUAAGUUCACCAUUUCCUGGGGUACACAGCCUGGAAACUAUCAAUACGUGCUUGUAAAGGGACUAACUACUGCAGAGAAAAAUCAGGGUAUGGAUGGUUUUGCAACAGCUUGUUGAAUAACCACCCGCCAGACACCCUUUUAAGUGAAGGCUUUACAGAUUUGGUUAGGGAACUUGCAAUCAUGCACUCACCGUAUAAUUGCUUGAAAGCUGGCAUUUGUCCCUGUAACUUCCGUAAAAUAGGGUACCUUAUACAGUCAAGGGCCAAGUUGGGCAUGAAAGAUCUUUUUGGCA